AGCAGCAGCAGCAGGGCGUUCCGGGGGUCUGCGCGCAGGCGCGGGCCGGAGGGGCGCGGCAGAAGCAGCAGCAGCAGCAGCAGCAGCAGCAGCAGCAGCAGCGGCAGCAGCAGCGACGGCACGGCUGGAGCAAUGAACUCAAGGUGAUUGCUGCGGGUCCCAGCUUUUCUGCCUUAAUGGAGCAGCUCCUGAGCCAGCCGCUGCAGCAGCUGCUGCAGUCGCCGCUGCUGCAGCAGCAGGCGCCGGGGCACUACAGGCCGCCGGGGGAGCAGGAGCAGCAGCAGCAGCAGCAGCAGCAGCAGCACGCGGCGCCGGGGCACUACAGGCCGCCGGGCGAGCCCGAGGACGAGGAGCAGCAGCAGCAGCAGCAGCAGCAGCAGCAGCAGCAGCACGAGGCGCUGCAGCAGCAGCGCGAGCUGCUGCUGCGGCAAAAGGCCCAAGCUGAACUCUGCACUUUUCAUUAUAGUCUUAUGGGGGCCCCCGGAGCAGCAGUAAAGGAGGCCCGUUUGUGGGGUUCUGAGAAGCUGCCGGAGUUGCUGCCAGCAAGCGUGAGUGCUGCUGCUGCUGCUGCUGCGCUCAGCAGCAGCAGCAGCAGCAGCAGCAGCAGCAGCAGCAGCUUCGAGUGCUUCCUGGACGACCUCACGGUCUCGGACUUCCUGGGGUCGCUGCAGCAGCGGGUGCUCUGGUGCAGCCGGCUGGAGACGCAGCUGCAGCAGCUGCAGCAGCAGCAGCAGCAGCAGGAGCUGCUGCUGCGGGAUGGUUUGCUGCUGCACUUCUCGCUGUCUCUCUUCACUCUUUGCCCAGAGAAGUUCAGCCACCAGGGGGCGCAGCAAAACCAGCAGCACUUUCCAGCUUACAGAGUGUCUCCUGCUGCUGCUGUUGCGGGGGGUUUGGCCCCGCUUUCGGCCUACAGCAGCAGCAGCAGCAGCAACGUUGCUGCUGCUGCAGUCUCCCACGUGCUGCAGCAGCAGGCAGCAGCCUACGCCGGCGGCGAGGCCCCCGGGGGCCCCGCAGGCAGCAGCAGCAGAGACGCAGCAGCAGCAGCGGCGGUCAAGCUGGAAGCAGCAGCAGCAGACACAGCAGCAGCAGCAGCAGCAGCAGCAGCAGCAGCAGCAGCAGCAAGGCCUUGUCUUUAUGAACUCUACAGACCUGCUGUUGUCCCUUCUGUGGGGCGCUACAAAGACCUCAGCAUGAGCAGCGUUGCUGCUGCAGCACGGCAGCUUGCUGCUGCCCCUCAGGGCCUGGCAAGGCAGCGACCGGCGGCGCCCCAGACAGCCCCGGGCCAGCGCCUAGGGAUCGGGGCAGCGUUGCCGCUGGCAGCGCGCAGCGCGCUGGCCCUCUGCAGCGUGGGGGUGGAGUUUAGUGUGUCUUGUCUGCGGCAGCAGCUAGCUAGCUGCUUGGCGCGGCUGCAGCUGCUUGCUGCUGCUCUUGCUGCAGUGGUUUCUCUGGAGUCAUCUUUGCUGCCAGCAGUUUACAGUUUGCCGCAGCACGUGAUGGGGUGUCUGCAGCAGCGGGGGGGGGGGCUGGGGCCGCGCGCGCAGCAGCAGCAGCAGCAGCAGCAGCAGCAGCAGCAGCAGCAGCAGCAGCGGGAGGCUGCCUGGGUUGCUGCGCUGCAGCAGCCCCCCAGGAAGGCAGCAGAAUGGCCCGACUACGUCGCAGCUUUUAAUGACUUCAUUCCCAUUCGCCCGCAGCAAAGUCCGCCCCGUGCUGCAGCAGCAGCAGCAGCAGCAGCAGCAGAAGCAGCAGCAGAAACCGCCGCCCCCGCCAAGCGCAAGCGGCCCGUCCUCGACGACCUGCAGCAGCUGCAGCACGCAGAAGCCAGCAGCAGCAGCGACGCAGCAGCAGCAGCAGCAGCAGCAGGACUGGGCCCCGCGGGGCUGCUGCUGCAGCACGGAGACAGCUGGGGCAGCAAGGCCGACGGCGUGGAGGGCAAGCUGCUGCGCAGCAGCAGCAGGGACCUGCUGCAGCUGCUGCAGCGGCAGCAAAGCGCGGAGGCGCUCAGCAGCAGCAGCAGCAACGGCUGCAGCAGCAGCAGCCCCUACAGGGAGCUGCGGCAGCAGCUGCUGCCGCAGCGCUCGCGCUCCAUCCAGUCCGUGCUGUCCUUCGCGGGCGACAGCAGCAGCAGCAGCAGCAGCAGCAGCAGCACGAGCCGGCAGAACAGCCUGGAAGUGCUGCUGCUGCAGCUGCGGCAGCAAUCCGCAGAAGCAACUCCGGGCGCCGGCAUGGAGGCCUUGUCUGCUGCUCUUUCUUCCAGGCUGUCAGCAGCAGCAGCAGCAGAAGACAGAGACACAGAGACUGGGGGUUUGUGGCUGCAGCAGCUGCAGCAGGAAGCAGCAGGGUCUCCUCCGGCCUUUUUGCGGCGGACUCCCAGCGACGAAAUUGCUUCCGAAGCUGUGCUGCAGCAGCUGCAGCGGCAGCUCACGGACCAGCAGCAGCAGCAGGACGAGGAGCUGCAGCAGCAGCAGCUCCGCCUCCUCGAGAAGGCAGGCCUCAGCACGGACUGCAGCAGCAGCAGCAUUGUGUCUCCUGUCUUCGGGGGUUUGCUGGGGGAAGACGCAGCGAAGCAGCAGCAGCAGCAGGAGCUGCAGCAGGAGCUGCAGCAGGAGCUGCAGCAGCACCUGCAGCAGCAGCAGCAGCAGCAGGAGCUGCAGCAGGAGCUGCAGCACGAACUGCAGCAGCACCUGCAGCAGCAGCACGAGCUGCAGCAGCAGCUGCUGCUGGCGAACCAGGCCAGUGGCGGCGAGGGGGGCUGCAAGGAGGACGCGCUGGAGCUGCAGCCUGCUGCUGCUGCUGCUGCUGCUGCUGCGCUUUCUGGGGAGCCGCUGAGCAGCCUGCUGGAGCUGCGGCCGAGCAGCAGCAGCCGGCAGCUGUCGCCGCAGCCGAGUCCGACGCCGACGCUGCAGCACCUGCAGCAGCAGCAGCUGCUGCAGCAGCAGCAGCAGCGCAUAGUGCUGCCGCACUGCAGCAGCAGGGGCGCGCUGUCGACCGUGAGCAGCGCGAGCUCAGCAGCAGCAGCAGCAGCAGCAGCAGCAGCAGCAGCAGGCCCCUCCUACUGCCGCAGCGGCAGCAACGGCAGCGGGGGCCUGGGCUGCAUAUCGCCGACAGCGUCGGACGUGUCUUUGCGGAGCAGCGGGGGCGGCGCUGCUGCUGCUGCUGCUGCUGCUGCUGCAGCGGGAGGCGGCUUCGGGGGCGCAGCAGCAACGCCUGCUGCUGCUGCUGCAGUGGCCUAUUUGCCUCUUAUUGAUGAUAUUCUCGUGCAAGUUGAAGAGAAGCAGCUGCCGCUGCCAGCAAAGGUUCCUGGGGUUUGUUUUAAUCCUUCAGACAACACUUGGAGUGCGCAGUGGACGCUGCCAGCGGAGAGCAGCAGCAGCAGCAGCAGCAGCAGCAGCAGCAGCAGCAGGAAGCGCCGCAAACGAACCUUCAGCAUCAACAUCUACGGAAACGACACAGCGAGGAGAAUGGCCGUGGCCUGCAGGCUGCAGGCGGAGAAGCGGCAGCUGCAGCUGCAGCAGGGAGAAGCAGCAGCAGGAAAGCGGCAUCCUGCAUGCACUCCGCCCCACGUGGCCAACCUUGCUGCUGCUGUUCUUGCUGCAGCAGCAGGCAUGAACACAGGCAUUGGGUAG